ACCGGCUCUGAGCUCGUGUCGGACUUUAGACCUCGUGUCCGGGUGUGUUUCCUGAUCCUCCGUCCAUCACGUCGGGCUAUGAGCGAGGUCUUCAUGAUUUAACACACAGGAACCGGAGAAACCACAGAAGAUCUCAACACACAGGUGAGGAAGACCGCUAAUAACACAUCUGAUCGUGUUCAGCUGGACGUGAACUGAUCUCAGGUCUCAGGCUCUGUAUAUCAAAAUACCUGUUGGAUCUGUGAUAUAGUGGUGAUUGAUAGCAGGUGCUGUAGUCAUGCUGCGGGGUUCGAGUCCGUUCGGCUGGUCCAGCGGUUACACAGAAUCGCAACGGUCCAGCGUGACGGCGGAUGACACGUACUCGGAGCUGUCGAGUUUAUCCAGACCCAGCGCUAAAUCAAUAUACAAUCAGAGGAAGGAAUACGCGGAGUCCAUUAACAGACAGAUGCAUCAGUUCCAGCACCGGGUGGAGCAUCUGUUCACCUGUGAGCUGGACGGGCGGCAGGUGUGUGACGUGGACGACUGUCUGGAGAGACUGAAGUACCUGGACGCCACGGGGCGUGUGUGGGGGCAAGACGUGGUCCUGGAGGCGCGGGACGGGGCGCUGAUGCUCUUGGACAUCGAGAGCAAGGAGGUGUUGGAGUCGUGGCCGCUGAACAGCGUUCUGGAUCUGACGGCGGUUCUGGACGAGAGCCCGUACGAAUCUCUCCUGACCGUCUCUGUCCAGAACCGGGGCAGUCGGGUCGUCAGCGUCUUCAUGUUCCAGAGCGAGUCUCUCAGGGCAGAUUAUCUGAAGAAAGAGCUGGAUCGGCUUCUUCAGAACAAGAGGAAUGAUCACAGACAGAGUAACGUCAGUAAAGCUGGUGUAGGAAACGUCAUGUCAAGAAAUUCACGAAGAGCCUCUCCUCCAGCCGAGCAGAUUCUCCCGAGAGCUCCUCCAGAACAGUGGGCCGCUCCGGAUUACGAUGAGAGUCCCGCCCCAACCACACCCGUCUCCAGAAAUGACCCCACCUAUAUGAAGGUUGUGGCUCCGCCCCCUCGUGUAGAAGACACGCCCCCGAGAGCACCCACGCCCCCUCAAAGGCCGUACACAGAGAGAGAGAGGAACGUGGACAUCCUGAAUCAUCUCAUUAACGACAUCGAAGCCUUCGCCGACAGACUGACCGCCGUCGCCCCGAAAAUGGACAAAAAGAAAAAGAAGAAAAAGCCGAAAGUUGUAAAGGGGCUGCCGUCAGAUGAAGAGUUCACAGUCUGUCUGCAGAAAAUCAAGGCGGCCUUUAACCUGCUGGGCAAACUCCAGGGAAAGAUUGAAAGCCCCAGCGCUGCUGAACUCGCACACUGUCUGUUCUCUAUACUGGACCUGAUAGUGCUUCACUGCAAUGAGGAUCUCCCUCCAUCUAUCGUGGCUCCUCUGUUUGAGCCGGAGUGUAUCCUCUUCCUCAGCGAGGAGGCCACGGCGGAGGAGGACCAUCUGUGGCAGUCGCUGGGAGACGCCUGGAACAUCCCCAGCACCAAGUGGCCGGAGGAUGAUGAGGAUAUCCCCACGUUCACGCCGGUGUUCGAUGACGGCUGGGAGCCGCCGGCCGUUAAAAACCCAGAGCCGACCAACACACACUCCAGCGGCCGAGAACAACCGCGGCAAUCCACGACACGACAAACGAGCAACAAAAUACAAGAGGAACCUCCGGAAAGUUUAGAGGAGUUGCCGGUCAGCUACAUGCGAGCGGUGUUUGAUUUCGCCGCGCGUAACGCUCGCGAGCUCACCAUCAGUAAAGGUGAAGAACUACAGUUGCUGGACAUGUCUAAGCAGUGGUGGAAGGUGAAGAAUCAGAAAGGCCAGGUCGGUUACGUCCCCAACAACAUGCUUCAGCUUCCAAAGCAGGAGGCCGAGCCUGAAACUCCCUCGGCACCGGCGCUCACCAGAAGAUCCCGUCCGGAGGAGGUCCGGGCCUGGCUGGAGCACAAGGGCUUCAGUAAAAUUACGGUCCGGUGUUUAGGGGGCGUCAGCGGCUCCAUGCUUCUGGGAAUGACACGUGACGAGCUCAAGACUGUUUGUCCCGAGGAGGGCGGACGAGUUUUCUACCAGCUGCAGAACGUCAAAUCGGCCAUUGCGGUGGCCAGUGAAGUGAGACCAAUGAUCUGAGGCCGCAAACGUCCGGUCGACGCCCACACACACACACACACACACACACAAUUCAUAUUUAUUGGUAAUCAGAGUUGAAGAUCAGGAGCGUCUGAUUUGUACAUUAUUAUCACUGUUUGAUGUAAAGAAGAGCCCAGAGGAGAUUGAAUACACACAUGCUUUAUUGAUAUGAACAAAAUACUGUAAUUAUCUGAUCAGAACUGCUGUAGACUAACAUUCUCAUUCACAAAAUAAAGAUAUACAUGUAUAUUUCUGUACGAGUACUGGUGAUCAUUUGCCGUCGUGCUUUGCUCUGUAGCGAUCAGCAUGCUAAUUUCUACAUAUCGUGCUGGUUUCGAUCUCAUGAUUUGUGCGAUUUAUUCGUGUGAAGAUUAACAGUCAGUUUAACGUCCGACUAAAGCUAGCGUACACAUGCCGGAUCUGAUACGUCAGUCGUGGAACUAGCGAUGAGCUGUCAGGCGUGAUGUGUAUCUAGUGUACGAGGAGAUUUCCCAGCGAUUAGUGUACAGGAGGU